AUGGCCGCCAAUGAGCCAAUACUAUAUACACCAGCAGAUACCGAACCGCGCGAGGCCAGGUUAUCGACUUCCGUCGGCCGACCUAGUAGCGAUGGCCACCGGUUGUCGAUGCAGAGUUCAACCCGCAAGUACGGCGGCGCCCACGGGCUAUUGGCCCGUCUAGGAUUAGGGGGCGUCGCGAGGCGGACACUGGGAAUAUGUCUGCUUCUAGUCACAGUAUUUCUCUGGACUCUGGCCAAUUUCCUGGCGAGUUCCAUCUACUCUGAUAAUACCUACGACAAGCCUUUCCUCGUCGUUUACGUUAAUAGCUCAGCCUUUGCCAUCUCGCUAGGCGUAAUGACAAUACGCUACAUCAUAAAAAAUGGCUGGCCGCACUUCAAGUCCGAGGCGGCGCAGGUCUGGCAAGAAUACAAGACGGGCGUGCGAUCCAGGAUCCCCACGAUCGAAGACGACGACCUAACGGUCGGCGAACAACUCCUCGGCGACGAGGACGGCAGCCUCGAGAUUUUCGACCCGCAGUUCAGCGAUGACGGCAAGCUGACCUUUCUCGAGACGGCGAAGCUCAGCCUCGAAUUCUCCAUGUUAUGGUUCUCUGCGAACUACUUUGCCUCGGCGUGUCUCGAGUACACGAGCGUCGGCAGCGUGACGAUCCUGACGUCGACCAGCAGUGUCUGGACGCUCAUCUUCUGCGCGCUGAUGCGCGUGGAGUCCUUCUCGACGAGGAAGCUUAUAGGGGUGCUGGCGUCCCUUGCUGGCGUGGUUCUAAUUUCGACGGUGGACCUGACGGGCUCGAACGAGGAGAACCGCGGGUCGUUCCCGCAUAAGACGCUUGCGCAGAUUGCCAUCGGCGACUCGAUGGCGUUUGUGAGCGCUAUCAUCUAUGGGCUCUACGUGACGGUGAUGAAGCUAAGGGUUGGUGACGAGGACAGGGUUAACAUGCCCCUCUUCUUUGGCUUGGUGGGCGUGUACUGUCUUGUGUUGCUCUGGCCCUUGUUCUUCGUCCUUCACUUCACGGGACUGGAGCCGUUUGUGAUGCCGCCGUCGGCGAAGAUCUGGGCAAUUGUCCUGGGUAACUCGGUGGCUUCCUUUGUCAGCGACAUCUCAUGGGCGUAUGCCAUGCUGUUGACUACGCCCCUCGUGGUCACUGUUGGACUGUCCCUGACGAUCCCGCUCUCCUUGAUUGGGGAAAUGAUUCAGUACUCGCAGUAUUCGAGCGUAGUAUACUGGAUUGGGGCAGCGGUUGUUUUUGUCUCUUUCCUUUUUAUCAACCAUGAGAGCCACGAGGACCCAGCAAGCAAGGCGCAGGAAUCUGUGGAUGGGGUAUAA